GUGACUGUAGGAAUCUGCUAUGGAGCUCAAAACUCACUAAUGCCUGCAGCAGUUACAUCAGAGAUAUUUGGGAUAAAGCAUAUGGACACCAUUUACAACACCAUUAAUGUAGCAUAUCCCGAUGGAUCUUAGAUUUUAUCUUUUAGAAUAGCCUCCCAUGAAAAUAAUUGUUGCUUUGGAAGCUCUGUUUUAUAGAAUUUUGUCUUAUGGUAAGCUCUACCGAGAUGGAUUCAUAUCUCCGCCUUCAAUCUCCUCCUCAUUCUUGCUUCCCCUCUCGUCAUCCCAAUCAGAACAAAAACAGAGGAAUCUGUUUUCAAAAUGAAACUUCAAAUUACCGAUGACCCCACUGAAUAUCACUGCGUUCCUAGUGAGGAAAAGAUCAAUGAUGAGCUAAUGAUUGUGAAAGAUAGAGAAAUGAAUAUAAUCGAGUCAAUCGGCACAGUGAACUUCUGGUUAUUGUUUUUCACGAUGACGUGGGGAAUGGGAUCUGGGUUAGCCGUCACAGACAACAUGAACCAACUCAGCCAGUCUUUAGGAUACAGAACAGUCCAGAUCAACACCUUCGUUUCACUUUGGAGCAUUUGGAAUUUCCUUGGUCGUUUGGAAUCUGCUAUGCCUCUGAUCUUCUCCUCUGGAAAUUUAAUGGCCUUGUCUCGUUACCAACGACCGUCGGCCAUAUCAUCGUAGUUUUAGGAUUUCGUGGGAAUUUGUAUUUGGGAUCGGUGAUAGUGGGGAUUUGUUACGGAGCUCAAUGAUCGUUAAUGCCUGCAAUUACGGCGAAGAUUUUUGGAGUGAAGCUUAUGGGUACAAUUUGCAAUACGUUUACGGUGGCAAGUCCGAUUGGAUCUUAUAUUACGUUUUGCAAUUUAAGCACUUUGCCUCCAAAUAUUUAAUUAUAAAAUACAUUUACCAUAAACAGUGGGGUAAAAGUUGUAAACAGAAGAGACAAUAAGAUUUGACACAUCACUUCGAUUCCAUGACGAUAAACCCCGCACUGGAUCGAAUCGGAAAAUUACCUUUCGCCAAGUUUACCAUUAGUAGAUAAUGAAGACUUGGCGAAAGGUAAGCAAGAUCGAAGAUGAUCCAUGCAGAAUUUGAGAGAUCUAGAAGCUUUACACGGUGAACAGGAGAGAGAGGGAAGAGGAAGAUGAAGAGAAAGUGGGCAAAUCGAGUUUAAUUCAAUGGAAUUGGAAUCAGAGACUUCCAGCUUAAAGAACAAAUGGGUAUCAACAGUUGCUAGCGUAUGGAUCCAAUGCACCAGUGGAUCUCUUUACACUUUCUCCAUCUACUCCCAAACCCUCAAAUCAACUCAGGGAUACGAUCAAUCCACUUUGGAUAUUGUUUCUGUUUUUAAAGACAUCGGUGUCAAUUGUGGCGUCCUUGCGGGAUUUCUCUACUACUUUGCCACCGCCCAUGGUGGUCGUCCUGGUCCGUGGAUUGUUCACUUCGCCGGUGCGAUUCAGUGCUUCUUGGGGUACUUUUUUAUCUGGGCUGCCGUUUAUGGGGUCUUACCUCGGCCGCCGGUUCCAGUUAUGUGCCUUUUCAUGUUGGUGGCUGCUCAUGCUCAGAGCUUCUUCAACACGGCUAACGUUGUCACUGGAGUUCGAAAUUUCCCCCGUUAUAGUGGGACAAUUGUUGGAAUCAUGAAGGGGUUUCUUGGUUUGAGUGGAGCAAUAUUGAUUCAAACAUACGAGACAAUAUUUAAUGGACAACCUACCUCGUUUCUUCUGAUGUUGGCGCUGCUACCAACCCUUAAUUCCUUAUUGUGUAUGUGGUUCGUGAGAAUUCACCAUGUUGAUGAUGGGAUUGAAAAAGAGCAUCUGAAUACCUUAUCCAUAAUUACUCUGGUCGUUGCUACUUACCUUAUGAUCAAGAUAGUUCUAGAGCAUAUUUUCACCUUCCAAUUCCCUCUACAUGUUGCUACAUUUAUUCUACUUUUGAUGUUGCUUGCAUCUCCUCUAUAUAUUGCAAUUAGAGCCCAACCGAGAGAGUCCAGAAGGAUUUUGCACCCUUCUUUCACAGAGAGCGACCAGCUGAUUGGCCGUCACAAUCAAGAGACUUCGGAUUUUGACCAUGAACGGGGAAGGGAAUCUGAAGAAAGCCUGACUCUCUUUCAAGCUUUAUACACAAUAGAUUUUUGGAUAUUGUUUUUUGCAACUGCUUGUGGCAUGGGAACAGGGUUAGCUACAGUGAAUAAUAUCAGUCAGAUAGGAUUAUCUCUUGGUUACACAAGCUCGGAGAUAAACACUUUGGUUUCCUUGUGGAGCAUUUGGAAUUUUUUUGGUCGUUUUGGAGCUGGGUAUGUGUCAGAUUAUUAUCUGCAUGCCAAAGGAUGGGCUAGGCCAUUGUUCAUGUUCAUCACUCUAAUGACCAUGAGCAUUGGACAUGUAGUGAUUGCCUCUGGCCUGCCCGGUGCUCUCUUUGCUGGUUCGAUAGUAGUGGGUGUUUGUUAUGGGUCUCAGUGGUCACUAAUGCCAACAAUUACUUCUGAAAUAUUUGGUGUUGUACACAUGGGUACUAUAUUCAAUGCCAUAACAGUAGCAAGCCCUGUUGGAUCUUAUUUAUUUUCAGUUAGAGUUGUUGGGUAUAUAUAUGACAAGGAGGCAUCAAGUGAAGGAGAUACUUGUAUUGGAACUUACUGCUUCAUGCUAUCAUUUUUUAUUAUGGCUUUUGCCACUCUCUUGGGCUCUUUAGCAGCCCUUGGCUUAUUUUUCUGGAGAAGAAGUUUCUACGAUCAAGUUGUUGUCAGAAGGCUGCAGCACCCAUCAAAUGGAUAAAGAAUAAAUACUGCAUGGUAUAUACAAAGGGAAAUUUGGCGGUUUUUCCUGGUUGCUGCUAAUAAGGUAAGCUUUUGCUGUUGGGGCUCACAUUUGAGCACACCGUUGACACUUCAAUCAGUCCCAUGUAAGGCAGCUUCAUUCAGGAAUGUGCCUACUUCAAUCAGUCCCAUUCAUUGUAGUUGAAUCUCCAGUUUUUAGGUCCCGGCAUCCGUCCAAGCUCGUAGGAUUCGUAUGCAUGCAACAUAUGCUGUCGUGAAGCAAGAAUCAGCCAGAAUGGAGAACUCUUACAUGGUUCUGUCAUUAAAGCCCCUAGUUCACUUGAUGGAGAAUAGAGUUCAGGGUUGGUCAAGUGCAAGAGAAAGGAGGUUCGUACUUUCAAAGCAUAAACUAAAACGUAAGCAGGAUAUUCUUCUGCGAUGCUUCCGUAGUUGGAAGCCCUUUACCAUUACUAUUUAUUCAUUGAGUUGUAAAGAAGUAAAUAAGCUAUUAAGCUAUUUCUGUACUAGCAAUCUGAGGAGAAGGAAUGAAUCUCUGCUAAUCUUGUUCGCUACUCGAGUUGUUGCUUCCUCCUUUCCCAUUUACUGCCAUGUAAAUAGUUGGCUAUUAUAUUGCCUGAUAGCGUGAAGAAUUUGUCAUCAGAAAAGUGUGUUUAUAAUGUGUAGAAAUAUGAAUACACCAGGUGAUGGGUAAAAUAAAGCAACAAUUUACAAAAGUUGCACAA